AUGCGGAACGAAGAUAAAAGCACAAGAGUUUCUGAAAAAAAGAGAGUAAUAUGUGUAACGUUGAAAGGCUCUGCUAGUAGUGGUGCACCUUUUGAGGUUAAGAGUCUGGCCAAAGCUUCAUCUUCAGUUGGUUUUACAGUCAAUGCGUUUGGAAACAGAUUCGUAAUUCCCGCAAGCGCACCCGGAUGGGUUUACUUUUGCUUGCUAAUGGCGGCUGGAUUCGGGCUUUUUAUCAGCGAAGAGGCGCUAAAUAUUUGGGUUGGGAUAACAUUGGCUAGAAUGUUAACUCUGGAUGGGACGUGGCAAUCUUUUGCUGAGUCUUUCUCUCGGAAUGCUCCUUAUAUAAUGUCUACUGUAUCUUGGGUUUACUGGGGAGUUUGUAUAAGCGAUAUGAUACCGUUUUACCUAGGGAAGCUCUUCAGACAAAGUGGAUCAUCAGAUGAUGUUUGUUCAAAGCUGGGUAUAGGUAAAGAGAAAGCGAUGGGCAUUACCCAGGCCGUCCAAAAAUAUGGGAACCUCUCAGGUUUUGUGGAAAUAUUUUCGCUGGGAGUGAGGAAUCCUACAGCAUUCUUUGCCGGAGCACUUGGAAUAUCUCCAGAAUGUUUCUUUGCAGGAGUUUGCUGCGGUGGUUUGAUAACUCUUCCAAUUCAGCUUGUGAUUGGGUUUCUUCUUCGAGAACGUCCUAUGUUUGCUGUCACAACAGUAGCAACUGUAGUGGGAAUAUGGACAAUCUUCCCGUAUAUGGUGGCUGCAGCCACGGCUUUGUACCUCUAUAUUCGCAGUCGCUACACACCUAAGACUUAGCUGUCCACAUUACUUAAGUAUAAUACAUAGACAGAAAAUGUAAGAGCUCAAUACUCAGCAAGCCCAAACAAAUAAGGUAUAUACGUAUAGUGCAGUAAUAUCUUUAAAAAGGAUUCACUUGAAACUAAUUUGUUCCUGGAACAAACCGUUCUCUUU